AGGUAUGUGACGUCAUUUAUGAUGUCACAGUGAAUUGUAAACAGGAAGUAAACGGAACCAACCCUCAAGCCUGAACAAAAACGGUAACGUCAACGAUUUUGUUGCUGUGGUGGUGGUGUAGGACCAUCUCUCCAAAUGGUGUCCCUGAUUUGCACUUUACAAGACCAUCGAGAUGAUGUCAACUGGUGCGCGUUCUCUGCACAACUGUUAGCCACAUGUUCCGGAGACAAGACCGUGAGGGUGUACAACACCCGGGAUUUCUCUGAGCUGGCCUUCUCGCCGCUGGAAGGACAUGGCUACAGUGUCCACUGCUGCUGUUUCAGCCCCUGUGGACAGUUCCUUGCCUCGUGUUCCACAGAUGCCACCACCUUGGUGUGGUCCAUGGCCACCGGGGAGAUUGAGGCCGUUCUGCAACAUCCUGGCCGCAGCCCCGUUAGGAUCUGUGUGCUGUCUCCGGACUCCACCCAUCUGAUUUCGGGUGCAUCUGAUGGCUCUUUGGCUCUCUGGGAUUUCCCAUCCAAACAGCUCCGCAGGACCAGCUGCGUGAGUGACACAUCAAUGGUGGCGUGCUCGUUCAGCCCAUGCGGCCAGAUGUUUGUCACCGGUUCCACCUACGGGCACCUCCGCGUGUGGGACUUGGAUAUGAACCAGCUCCACGCCGAAAAGAACGCUCACGACCUCGGCGUCACCUGCUGCGCCUUCGCUCCCAGCAUCCUCAGCGACAGUCAAGUUGUACAGUUCCACUUGGCGUCAUGUGGACAGGACAGUCAUGUAAAGAUAUGGGCCCUGAACAAGCUGAGUUCUGGAGCCUUUAAGAUGCAACUUCUGCAUACAUUGACUGGCCAGUCAGCUCCAGUCCUCACAUGUGCAUACUCCUCAGAUGGACAACUGCUUGUCUCAGGCUCUGUGGACAAAACAGUGACCGUGUAUGACGCAAAAAAUGCUGUGUUGCUUUAUACAUUGAAUCAGCAUAAGAGGUACGUGACUGCGUGUUCCUUCUCUCCAACCUCACCAUUAAUAGCCACAGGAUCCAUGGACAAGACGGUGAACAUCUGGAGAGUGGAAGAUGGAUGCAGUGGCCACGCUGGGAAAUCAUUGCCUGAAGAGUUCACUGUGACCACGUGCCAAGCAUCGACAUCGUCAGGUCGAUCCAAGUUGCUGGUCAGUGAUUGGUCAGAGGAGGAUGUGUCUGUGUGGCUGUUGGAGGAAGGGCUGGAUGCAUUGGUGGACACGUUCAGGGCCAACAACAUUGACGGGAUUGAGCUGCUGGCUCUCACCAAAGAGACACUACUGUCAGAACUGCGCAUAGAAUCGGUGGGACUACGUGGCAAAGUCCUCAGAAAGGUUGAGGAGCUGAAGAAUGCGUUGGUGUGUUCAGGAGUUCCUGAUGAGUUCUUGUGUCCAAUCACCAGGGAGUUGAUGAGAGACCCAGUCCUUGCUGCUGAUGGCUACUCAUAUGAGAGGGAGGCCAUCACGAUGUGGAUCCACACCAAGAACCGCUCCAGCCCCAUGACCAACCUGCCCUUACUCACAACUUUGCUUACACCGAAUCACACGUUGAAGAUGGCCAUUGCUCGGUGGAGGGUGAGCCACUAAGCAGCAGCACCACAUCGUUUCAGGUACACAAGUAGAAGUACACGAUGUUUCACCUUCUUCAUGGGCAACUUCACUUCAUUAGUGUCAAGUUGUUCCAUGUGGGCAGAGUUGAAUGUGCUCUUAUAGCUCGUUCAUUUGAGUGCAAUCAUAAUCAUGCAGUUAGGCCGGCUGCAGAACAAACUACACAUUAACAGAACUUGACAAUACAAGAUGACAUUUUACACUCUCAAUCAUCACAUUCUCCUCAAUUAUUUCAAUAUUUCAAAAUGUGAGUAGCUUUCAGUCACAUGUAGACUUAGUCUUAACUAGAAGUGGGUGAACUAGUUAAAGAUUAUUAUUAAUAAAUUAAAACAAUAUUUAAUAUUAUAUAUAUAAAAAUAGAUAUUUAAAUAUUUAUAAAAAAUAAAUUAUUAUAAUUAAUUGGAAGUACUUAUGUGUACUGUUACUUUAGACAAGUAUGACUCAGAAAAGAGUAAAAAGUACUGUAUUGGUCACAGUUUCAUGUAACUUAAUUAAACGCUACAGUUAAUUAAGACACACAUUCAACAAAUACAUUUAAACACACCUAAAUGCUAAUGAUUGAUGUCUUGCCUUAUAAGUUCAGUUUGGUAUUGCAUGCUGCAAUGAAUCCUGAGAUUUCUUUUCCCCACAAGAACUGCUGUCAGUUGAAGUAUGCUAAGUACAAUGAGUUUCCCAUCCCUGAUCUAGAUUACUAGUCUUAGUAGUAAUCUAUGUGAGAAUUAUUGGAAACAGCUCUCAAUUUAUUGCCGCCACCUUCUAUACCACUGCAAAUGAAAUCCACAAGAAUAAACAUCUUGUUUUAAAAUAUUUUGUAUUUUAUUAAUGUAGCCAUUAUUUGUUCUCCUUACACAUUGCAUGAGGACAAUUUACACACCCAGCAUUCAUAAAUGGACAUUCUUUUAUUUCAUAUCUAUACAUUUCAAUGUUUAUUUUCUCUUAAUCCAAAUACACCCUGUAAAGCAUAAAUAAUGAACUACAGUCAUCUUUGUUCUUUUAUUGUACCACAUUAAUUGUGGCCACAUUUUGUAUUCAUAGCAUGAAAAGUGUAUAUGACAACUAUAGACAUAAUUGUAAUGCCUAUUGUGUAUUUUUAAUUCUUGACUGCUUGUGUUCAAUAAAACCAGUAAACACUU